AUGCAAAAAUUAAAUAAUGAAAACUCUGAUAAAGAAAUAUACAAGAUAACAGUUUACCUUAGAGGUGUAGUUGUAAGUUUAGGAUGUUUAUACUAUGGGUUUAAUAACAGUAGUUUGAACAUUACACAAUAACAUAUUUCUUACUUAAAUGGAUGGACUGAUAAAUCUGAAAUAUCGCUUUAUAUAGGAUUAAUUACUUCUUCAUUAUCGUUAGGGUGCUUAAUAGGUUCCCUUCUUACUUCUUAAUUUCUCAUAGCUACAAAUUAUAACUUUAGACUCUGUCUUAUGCUGACUGAUGUACUGGGGAUAGUUGGAAUUAUUGAAUAAAUUAUUGACCAUAGCUUUGGCCAUUUCUUGUUGGGAAGGCUUCUUGCUGGAUUAGCUUGUGGAUUAAACACAACUAUUAUACCUAUAUACCUCAAAGAAUUUACACCUAUGGCUCUAAGAGGUAAAACAGGUACAUUUGUUUAAAUAUUUGCUUAAUUAGGAUCAUUUUUAUGUGUAUGUCUUGGCAUAAUUUAACCUAUUUAUUCUCUAGAUACUACAGUAGAAGAUAAAUAGUAAUUUAUUCAAGAGCUUAUAAGUUAAUAAAGCUUCUUUGAAAGAGAAAUUGCAUGGAGAUUAACUCUAGGAGUUCCAAUACUUAUGUGUUUGAUAAGAAUUUUUUGUUUAUAUUCUGUUUAUAAUCAGCCUACACCAAUUUAAAUGGCACAAAGAAAUUAGCUAAGAGCUCUUAAAUUAUAUUUAUCUGAUAUCUAUUAUCCUAAUAGAGCCUAGGCAUGCUAUUAAGCAUAUAUAAGCCAUGUAAAAGAAAGUAUCAGAGAGGUUUCAGAGCAUAGCGAGAUUUAUUAAUAAGAUAAUUUAAAGCAAAGUGAUUUAUUUUAAAGCCAAGGAAAAAAUAAAAAUGAAUCAAUGAUUCAUUAAAAUAUGAAAGGUGAAGUAGAUUUUAUCAGAACAACCUCGUUAAACAGAUCUUUACUGGCAAGUGAUGAUCUAGUCUAAACAGAGAUUUAUAACUCAUUUAGUCAAAAAAAAUCUCGUAAAAUGUAAAGAAGUAAGGUUAGAAGAUUUAUGUUAGGCUUAAUAGUAUAAACAGCAUCUAGAGUAAGUGGCUUAUCUGCUCUUACUUUUUAUUCUAGUUUAAUUUUCUCUGAAUAAAUUAAAAACCAAAGUCUGAAUUAUAUCCUAAUUGUCAUAUUAGGUUUAUCAGGUUUUAUCUUCACAUAUCUUUCAUUUUUUUUUAUAGAAAGGGCAGGAAGAAAACCGCUUAUCCUUCUUAGUACAAUAUUGUUGAUGAUAUCUUAAUUAGGAAUAGCCAUAUUUUCUAUGCUAAAUAUGUUUAUUUUUUCUUUUAUAUCGAUCAUGUUUUUUUUAUUUGCUUUUGGUAUAGGCUAAGGGGGAGUAACAUGGCCAUACACGAUUGAACUUGUAAACUAAGAGCAUGUGAGUUACUGUUCUGCUAUGAGAUGGACUUGGGUCUUAAUUAUUGGGGUUACAUUCCCUUUCACAAACUAACUUUUAGGAUUAUCAGGAACUUUUUUCACUUAUCUUGGAGCAACCUUCCUUUGUUUUUUAUACUUUCUAAAAGAGUUAAAAGAAACAAAAGGAUUAACAAAGGAGUAAGUAGAGAGCAUGUAUUAUUGA